AUGCUCCCACCUCAAAUCGCCACACCCUAUUCCCCAACUUCAAACCCUGACAACCUCUGCCACAUCCACGCCAAACGCAGCCGUGUGAUGAAUGACGAUGCUAAUGGCGCAUGGCCAGAGUUGUUGUGUCUAUGGAAUUUUGCUCAAAAGUCUUUGGCUCUGGAUACAGCAAUUGGGAUGAGGCAGUCGCUAUUUGCUGAAAAGCAGUGGCCACUGGUGCCAAUUAUUGCAGAAUGUGGACCUUGCACUACCAAACGACAAUUCUGA